CGGACAAGCUCUCCCUCUUUCCCUCGCCCUCGCCUCAUCUUCUCUGAGAGGAGCCGCGAGAACAUCUUGACAGCGACGGACGCUUUCCCUGUCCGCAAACUUUCCCCCCCACCCUUGAUGGAUCCGCUGGCCGCAGGCAGGAAUGUUGACCCCGGGUCUCCCCGGGAGGAGGAAGGAGCCCGCGUGGUCGACGGCGAGAAGGCGUGAGGACCCCAAUGGAGCCGGGAUGCGCGUCUUCUCGGGAAGGGUGACGGUCGCCGCGGUCUUGCCUCGCCGGGGUCAGCAGAAGACAAACGCCACACAGCUAAAGCAGGAUUAGCCGUCCCGAGCGAGUUUCAAUGCUCUUCCACGUUCUAAGAUGAAGUUAUGGAAAAGUGCUACUUUUGCCCUUGUGCUCUGUGGCGCCGCCCUGUCUGUCAUCCUCAUUAAAAACACGGCCACCAUCGUGGGACCGCCUAAAGCAAAGACCAAACACACCUCAUCAUCAUCAUCAUCAUCAUCAUCCUCGUCCUUCACCUGGUACACUUCCACCUCACCAUCAGAAACCUCAUCGCCAUCAUCUCCGCCCAGCCGGAGUGUCGGCCUCCGCCGGCGACCGCGCUCGGCAGACAUGAGCUCCCUCCUCUCAGAGUUGUCCAUGAUGUUCCAGAGCUUCACGGAAGGUGAACUUCAGCACAUGGUUGGGACCCUGAUGGACAGGAAGCAGCGGAAGAACCGGAGCCAAAGCCAGACCAGAAGGACUAAAAGAGCUCGGCGGGCCAAGCCCUGCUCCCUGAGAGAACUGGAGCUGACAGUGAGCGAGCUGGGCCUGGGCUACGACAGCGACGAGACGGUGGUGCUGCGCUACUGCAGCGGCAAGUGCUCGGCGCAGCGGCGCAACUACGACAUCACCAUGGAGCACAUGAUGCGGACAGGCUUCAAGAAGAGGGGCCGCAGGGACAAGGUCGGCAACGGACCGUGCUGCCGGCCCACGGCUUUCGAGAAGGACUUUUCCUUCCUGGACAACCGGAGCCGCUACCACAGUAUACAGAACAUCUCGGCCAAGAACUGCGGCUGCGUAUGACCCACGGAGGAGGGGGGUGGGUGGAUGGGGUCGGACUCCAGAUCAGGAAUAUGUUGGACCCGGACCAACUCCACGUGGGGAUGAAUCAGAAGGAUUUGGCAGAGAGUGACUGUUCUUUUUCUAUCUGUGUAGUAACACUGUAAACACAGCAAUGUAGCAACAUGGCGUGUUCUUCUGGGUCACGGGACCGGGUGACUAAGACCUGGUGAGUCAUGGCAGCCCAGCUCAAGACUAAAACUUCAGCGUUUCACAUCUCAACCCAAAUAUGUUUGAACGUUCUUCCGACUGGAAUGCGGUUGACACGGGAAAUUCAGACAACACGCCGGUCCUAUGGUACUGAUCACUACUUUCCCCCCUGGCUUAUUAUUCUUCAUCACACCAAGAAUCUUAGGGAUUUUUACGGCUACUUAUCGGCACUUUAAAGUUAAAGUUAAAAUACCAAAGAUAGUCGCACACACACUAGGUGUGGUGAGAUUAUCCUCCGCAUUUGACCCAUCCCCUUGUUCCACCCACUGAGAGGUGAGGGGAGCAGUGAGCAGUAGCGGUGGCCGCGCCCUGGACUCAUUUUGGUGAUUUAACCCCCGAAUUCCAACCCCUUGAUGCUGAGUGCCAAGCUGAGAGGUUAUGGGCCCCAUUUUUAUUCGUGUCAGGAAAAAAAACUGCUUUAAUUCAUCUCUUAAAUAUCGGGGUUGAUAGUCUCUUCUCAAGUAUAGAGCUAUCACUUUUUCAGGGAGGUAAUGGGUCCCAUUUUUUAUAGUGUUUGGUAUGAACUCCCGACCUACCGAUAUCAGGGCAGACACUAACCACAAAAAAAGAUCUUCGCGUUUAAGUGUCUGGAAAACAACUGCUUUAAAUCAUCACUUAAAUAUUGGGGUUGAUAGUCUUUUCUCAAGUAUGGAGCUAUCACUUUUUCAGGGAGGUAUUAGGUCCCAUUUUUUUAUAGUCUUUGGUAUGAACUCACGACCUACCGAUAUCAGGGCGGACACUCUAAAGACAAAAAAAGAUCUUCGCGUUUAAGUGUCUGGAAAACAACUGCUUUAAAUCAUCACUUAAAUAUUGGCGUUGAUAGUCUUUUCUCAAGUAUAGAGCUAUCACUUUUCCAGGGAGGUAAUGGGUCCCAUUUUUUAUAGUCUUUGGUAUGAACUCACGACCUACCGGUAUCAGGGCAGACACUCUAACCUUAAAAGGAGAUGUUGGCGUUUAAGUGUCUGGAAAACAACUGCUUUAAAUCAUCACUUAAAUAUUGGAGUUGAUAGUCUUUUCUCAAGUAUAGAGCUAUCACUUUUUCAGGGAAGUAUUGGGUCCCAUUUUUUAUAGUGUUUGGUAUGAACUCACGGCCGACCGAUAUCAGGGCAGACACUCUAACCACAAAAAGAGAUCUUCUCGUUUAAGUGUCUGGAAAACAACUGCUUUAAAUCAUCACUUAAAUAUUGGGGUUGAUAGUUUUUUCUCAAGUAUGGAGCUAUCACUUUUUCAGGGAGGUAUUAAGUCCCGUUUUUUAUAGUCUUUGUUAUGAACUCACGACCUACCGAUAUCAUGGCAGACACUCUAACAAUAAAAGGAGAUGUUCGCGUGUAAGUGUCUGGAAAACAACUGUUUUAAACACUUAAAUAUUGGCGUUGAUAGUCUCUUCUCAAGUAUAGAGCUAUCACUUUUUCAGGGAGGUAAUGGGUCCCAUUUUUUAUAGUCUUUGGUAUGAACUCACGACCUACCGAUAUCAGGGCAGACACUCUAACCACAAAAAGAGAUCUUCGUGUUUAAGUGUCUGGAAAACAACUGCUUUAAAUCAUCACUUAAAUAUUGGGGUUGAUAGUCUCUUCUCAAGUAUAGGUCUAUCAGUUUUCCAGGGAGGUAAUGGGUCCCAUUUUUUAUAGUCUUUGGUAUGAACUCACGACCUAACCGAUCUCAGGGCGGACACUCUAACCACAAAAGAAGAUGUUUGCGUCUAAGUGUCUGCUUUAAGUCAUAACUUAAAUGUUGGUGUUGAUAGUCUCUUCUCAAGUAUAGAGCUAUCACUUUUUCAGGGAGGUAAUGGGUCCCAUUUUUUAUAGUCAAUCAAUCAAUCAAUGUUUAUUUAUACAGCCCCAAAUCACAAAUGUCUUAAAGGACUGCACAAAUCAUUACGACUACAACAUCCUCGGAAGAACCCACAAAAAGAGAUCUUCGCGUUUAAGUGUCUGGAAAACAACGGCUUUAAAUCAUCACUUAAAUAUUGGGGUUGAUAGUCUUUUCUCAAGUAUAGAGCUAUCACUUUUUCAGGGAGGUAUUUUGUCCCAUUUUUUAUAGUCUUUGGUAUGAACUCACGACCUACCGAUAUCAGGGCAGACACUCUAACAAUAAAAGGAGAUGUUCGCGUGUAAGUGUCUGGAAAGCAACUGUUUUAAUCACUUAAAUAUUGGCGUUGAUAGUCUCUUCUCAAGUAUAGGGCUAUCACUUUUCCAGGGAGGUAAUGGGUCCCAUUUUUUAUAGUCUUUGGUAUGAACUCACGACCUACCGGUAUCAGAGCAGACACUCUAACCACAAAAAGAGAUAUUUGCGUUUAAGUGUCUGGAAAACAACUGAUUUAAUCACUUAAAUAUUGGCGUUGAUAGUCUCUUCUCAAGUAUAGGGCUAUCACUUUUCCAGGGAGGUAAUAGGUCCCAUUUUUUAUAGUCUUUGGUAUGAACUCACGACCUACCGAUAUCAGGGCAGACACUCUAACCACAAAAAGAGAUCUUCGCGUUUAAGUGUCUGGAAAACAAUUGCUUUAAAUCAUCACUUAAAUAUUGGGGUUAAUAGUCUCUUCUCAAGUAUAGGGCAAUCACUUUUUCCAGGGAGGUAAUAGGUCCCCUUUUUUAUAGUCUUUGGUAUGAACUCACGACCUACCGAUAUCAGGGCAGACCGUCUAACCACAAAAGGAGAUGUUCGCGUGUAAGUGUCUGGAAAACAACUGCUUUAAAUCAUCACUUAAAUAUUGGGGUUGAUAGUCUCUUCUCAAGUAUAGGGCAAUCACUUUUUCCAGGGAGGUAAUAGGUCCCAUUUUUUACAGUCUUUGGUAUGAACUCACGACCUACCGAUAUCAGGGCAGACCGUCUAACCACAAAAGGAGAUGUUCGCGUGUAAGUGUUUGGAAAACAACUGCUUUAAGUCAUAACUUAAAUGUCGGCGUUGAGCUACACAAGUAGUCUAUUCUCAAGGAUAGGGCUAUCACUUUUGCAGGGAGGUAACAGGUCGGUUGGUAGAGCGGCCGUGCCAGCAACUUGAGGGUUGCAGGUUCGAUUCCCGCUUCCGCCAUCCUAGUCACUGCCCCUGUGUCCUUGGGCAAGACACUUUACCCACCUGCUCCCAGUGUCACCCACACUGGUUUAAAUGUAACUUAGAUAUUGGGUUUCACUAUGUAAAGCGCUUUGAGUCACUAGAGAAAAGCGGUAUAUAAAUAUAAUUCACUCCACUUCACUUCACUAGUCUUUGGUAUGACUCGGCCAGGGUUUGAACUCCCGACCCACCAAUCUCAGGGCGGACACUAACCAAAAAAGGAGAUCUUCGCGUGUAAGUGUUUGGAAAACAACAGCUUUAAGUCAAAACUUAAAUGUCGGCGUUGCGCGACACAGGUAGUCUCUUCUCAAGGAUAGGGCUAUCACUUUGCAGGGAGGUAAUGGGUCCCCUUUUUUUCUUUCUUUUUUGCAAUUUGUUAUCCAAGACACUCAACAUAGCUGGAGUCAAAGGGUAACGAGUGACGUACAAGAAAUUCUAUUUGUACCUUAAGUACACAGUUAAGUUUUUACAACCCCGGCUAUCAUCGCGCUCAAGAUGAAUAGGAUUUCAGAGCGCGGAUGACAUCCGAGGAAUGUGCCGCAGAAACAAUUAAAACAAUUCAAGACGCUUCUCCAAGUGCGUGACUCAUUCCACUUGGCAACAAUUAAAAGAAAAACAACACACAGAGUUGGGGAGGGGGCGGGGGGAGCAAAAGCAAAGAUGCGUUGAGUCCAGGCUUGUUCGAUCGGCUCUGCGCCAACACCGACUGUUCGCUUUAGCGCCGCUAACACUGCAAAAACUGAAAUCUAAGUAAGAUGAAAUAUCUCAAAUAAGGGUGAUAUUUGCCCUUUUUCUGUCAGAUAAGAUAAUUUUUCUCACUAAGCAGAUUUUAUGCUAGAGUGUUUUACUUGUUUUAAGGGUUUUGGUCCUAAAUGAUCUCAGUAAGAUUUUGCAGCUUCUUGCUGAGAUGUUUUGACCUUCCAUCCAUCCAUCCAUCCAUCUUCUUCCGCUUAUCCGAGGUUGGGUCACGGGGGCAGCAGCCUAAGCAGGGAAGCCCAGACUUCCCUCUCCCCAGCCACUUGGUCCAGCUCUUCCUGGGAGAUCCCGAGGCGUUCCCAGGCCAGCCGGGAGACAUAGUCUUCCCAACGUGUCCUGGGUCUUCCCCGAGGCUUCCUACCGGUUGGACGUGCCCUAAACACCUCCCUAGGGAGGCGUUCGGGUGGCAUCCUGACCAGAUGCCCGAACCACCUCAUCUGGCUCCUCUCCAUGUGGAGGAGCAGCGGCUUUACUUUGAGUUCCUCCCGGAUGGCAGAGCUUCUCACCCUAUCCCUCACCCGGCGGAAGAAGCUCAUUGUACCCGUGAUCUUCUCCUUUUGGUCAUAGCCCAAAGCUCAUGACCAUGGGUGAGGACGGGGACGUACUAUCGAUCGACCGGUAAAUUGAGAGCUUUGCCUUCCGGCUCAGCUCCUUCUUCACCACAACGGAUCGAUACAGCGUCCGCAUUACUGAAUCCGCCACACCGAUCCGCCUGUCCAUCUCACCAACCACUCUUCCCUCACUCGUGAACAAGACUCCGAGGUACUUGAACUCCUCCACUUGGGGCAGGGUCUCCUCCCCAACCCGGGGACUGCACUCCACCCUUUUCAGGGCCUCGCACAACGAAUCGAUAGUGCAUCUGCAUUACUGAAGACGCCGCCUGUCGAUCUCACCAUCCACUCUUCCCUUAUUAAUGAACAAGACUCCUAGGUACCUGAACUCCUCCACCUGGGGCAGUGUCUCCUUCCCAACCUGGAGAUGGCACUCCACCCUUUCCCGGGCGAGAACCAUGGACUCGGACUUGGAGGUGCCGAUUCCUAUCCCAGUCGCUUCACACUCGGCUGCGAACUGAUCCAGUGAGAGCUGAAGAUCCUGGCCAGAUGAAGCCAUCAGGACCACAUCAUCUGCAAAAAGCAGAGACCUAAUCCUGUAGCCACCAAGCCGGAUCUCCUCAAUGCCUUGACUGCGCCUAGAAAUUCUGUCCAUAAAAGUUAUGAACAGAAUCGGUGACAAAGGACAGCCUUGGCGGAGUCCAACCCUCACUGGAAAUGUGUUCGACUUACUGCCGGCGAUGCGGACCAAGCUCUGGCACUGAUCGUACAGGGAGCGGACCGCCACAAUAAGACAGUCCGAUACCCCAUACUCUCUGAGCACUCCCCACAGGACUUCCCGAGGGACACGGUCGAAUGCCUUCUCCAAGUCCACAAAGCACAUGUAGACUGGUUGGGCAAACUCCCAUGCACCCUCAAGAACUCUGCCGAGAGUAUAGAGCCGGUCCACAGUUCUUUGUCACAGAAUUGGUGACAAAACCAAGCCUAGGCACAGUCCAACCCUCACUGGUAACGUGUCCGACUUACUGCCGGCGAUGCGGACCAAGCUCUGGCACUGAUCAUACAGGGAACGGACCGCCACAAUCAGACAGUCCGAUACCCCAUACUCUCUGAGCACUCCCCACAGGACUUCCCGAGGGACACGGUCGAAUGCCUUCUCCAAGUCCACAAAGCACAUGUAGACUGGUUGGGCAAACUCUCAUGCACCCUCAAGAACCCUGCCGAGAGUAUAGAGCCGGUCCAAAGUUCUUUGUCACAGAAUUGGUGACAAAGGCAAGCCUAGGCACAGUCCAACCCUCACUGGUAACGUGUCCGACUUACUGCCGGCGAUGCGGACCAAGCUCUGGCACUGAUCAUACAGGGAACGGACCGCCACAAUCAGACAGUCCGAUACCCCAUACUCUCUGAUCAUUCCCCACAGGACUUCCCGAGGGACACGGUCGAAUGCCUUCUCCAAGUCCACAAAGCACAUGUAGACUGGUUGGGCAAACUCCCAUGCACCCUCAAGAACCCUGCCGAGAGUAUAGAGCCGGUCCAAAGUUCUUUGUCACAGAAUUGGUGACAAAGGCAAGCCUAGGCACAGUCCAACCCUCACUGGUAACGUGUCUGACUUACUGCCGGCGAUGCGGACCAAGCUCUGACACUGAACAUACAGGGAGUGGACCGCCACAAUCAGACAGUCCGAUACCCCAUACUCUCUGAGCACUCCCCACAGGACUUCCAGAUUUACCAAAAUAUUAAUAAUAAUAUAAUUUUUCAACAUAUUGAGCAAUUUUUUUCCUACGAAGAAAAAUGCACUUGUUAUUAGUGAGAAUAUACUUAUUCGAAGUUAUUUUUGGGUUCAUUGAGGUUAGCUCAUUUGACUUGUUUCGGAAAGUCUUAACAAGCCAAAUUUUCUUGGAAGAUCCAUCCAUCCAUCCAUUUUCUACCACUUAUUCCCUUUCGGGGUCGCGGGGGGCGCUGGCGCCUAUCUCAGCUACAAUCGGGCGGAAGGCAGGGUACACCCUGGACAAGUCGCCACCUCAUCACAGGGCCAACACAGAUAGACAGACAACAUUCACACUCACAUUCACACACUAGGGCCAAUUUAGUGUUGCCAAUCAACCUAUAAUUUUGCUUAAUUCAAAUAAAAGACCUCUCAUUUUUUUCUUCUUCCUUUUGAACACUGACUUUUUGCAGCGAACACGGUUGUGUUGUCUGAAUCCACCGCACGUUCUCCUUGUAAAGUACCACUGAUAGUCUCACAUGGGCACACACUGGGUGUAGGUGAAAACUACCCUCUGCAUUUGACCCCUGGGAGGUAAGGGGAGCAGUGAGCAGCAGUGGUGGCCACGCUCGGGGAAUUCCUUCCGCAUACCCAAACCUGCAACUUCACUUUCCCUGGAUUAUAUCAUGGCGGCACUGGCAUUAGAUAACCCCGAGAAACCAGCAUGAUUAAAGCUAUACUUCAACUAACCCUAACAUGUAUGUCCUUAAUACAUACUUGCCAACGCUCCGGAAUUUUCCGGGAGACUCCCGAAAUUUCACUGCCUCUCCAGAACAACCAUUCUCCCAAAUUUCUCCCAAUUUCCAGCCGGACCUGAGUGUGUGUGUGUAUAUAUAUAUAUAUGUGUGUGUGUGUGUGUGUGUGUGUGUGUGCGUGUGUGUGUGUGUAUAUAUAUAUAUAUAUAUAUAUAUGUGUGUAUAUAUAUAUAUAUAUAUAUAUAUAUAUAUAUAUAUAUAUGGGAAUAAGCGGUAGA